CGCCGAACCCCGAGCGCCGCCCGGGUCCGAGCGCCGGCCGGGGCCAGCGGGUCGGAGCAGGGGACGCGGGCGCCGGCCCGUCCGCACAAGCCACGGCGGACUCUCCAGAGGCGGCACCGCAGCGCCGGGUGAGAGUCAGCUUGAGAAGGAAGAUCAAGCUCAAGGUGGAGUCUCCAUGGAGGCGUGGAGCCCUGUCCCCAACCUCUAAGUGCAGAACUGGGAUGUGGAGCUGGAAGUGCCUCCUCUUCUGGGCUGUGCUGGUCACAGCCACACUCUGCACCGCCAGGCCGGCCCCGACCUUGCCCGAACAAGCCCGGCCCUGGGGAGCCCCUGUGGAAGUGGAGUCCUUCCUGGUCCACCCUGGUGACCUGCUGCAGCUCCGCUGUCGGCUGCGGGAGGAUGUACAGAGCAUCAACUGGCUGCGGGAUGGGGUACAGCUGGCCGAAAGCAACCGUACCCGCAUCACGGGGGAGGAGGUGGAGGUGCGGGAUUCUGUGCCCGCCGACUCGGGCCUCUACGCUUGCGUGACCAGCAGUCCCUCGGGCAGCGACACCACCUACUUCUCCGUCAAUGUCUCAGAUGCUCUCCCCUCCUCAGAGGAUGAUGACGACGACGACGACUCCUCUUCAGAGGAGAAGGAGACAGAUAACACCAAACCAAACCGUAUGCCCGUGGCUCCAUACUGGACUUCCCCAGAAAAGAUGGAGAAGAAAUUGCAUGCCGUGCCGGCCGCCAAGACAGUGAAGUUCAAAUGCCCUUCCAGUGGGACUCCCAAUCCCACACUGCGCUGGCUGAAAAAUGGCAAAGAAUUCAAACCCGACCACAGGAUUGGAGGCUACAAGGUGCGUUACGCCACCUGGAGCAUCAUCAUGGACUCUGUGGUGCCCUCAGAUAAAGGCAACUACACCUGCAUCGUGGAGAACGAGUACGGCAGCAUAAACCACACCUACCAGCUCGAUGUCGUGGAGCGGUCCCCUCACCGGCCCAUCCUGCAGGCAGGGCUGCCUGCCAACAAGACGGUGGCCCUGGGCAGCAAUGUGGAGUUUAUGUGUAAGGUGUACAGUGACCCGCAGCCCCACAUCCAGUGGCUGAAGCACAUCGAGGUGAAUGGGAGUAAGAUCGGUCCGGACAACCUGCCUUACGUCCAGAUCUUGAAGACUGCCGGAGUUAAUACCACCGACAAAGAGAUGGAAGUGCUUCACUUAAGAAAUGUCUCCUUUGAGGACGCAGGGGAGUAUACGUGCUUGGCGGGUAACUCUAUCGGACUCUCCCAUCACUCUGCAUGGCUGACCGUUCUGGAAGCCCUGGAAGAGAGACCAGCUGUGAUGACCUCAUCCCUGUACCUGGAGAUCAUCAUCUAUUGCACAGGAGCCUUUCUCAUCUCCUGCAUGGUGGGGUCCGUCAUCAUCUACAAGAUGAAGAGUGGCACCAAGAAGAGUGACUUCCACAGCCAGAUGGCCGUGCACAAGCUGGCCAAGAGCAUCCCUCUGCGCAGACAGGUAACAGUGUCAGCUGACUCCAGUGCGUCCAUGAAUUCUGGGGUUCUGCUGGUUCGGCCCUCGCGUCUCUCUUCCAGUGGAACCCCCAUGCUCGCCGGGGUCUCUGAAUAUGAGCUUCCCGAAGACCCUCGCUGGGAGCUGCCUCGAGACAGACUGGUUUUAGGCAAACCCCUGGGAGAGGGCUGCUUUGGGCAGGUGGUGCUGGCUGAGGCCAUCGGGCUAGACAAGGACAAACCCAACCGCGUGACCAAAGUGGCUGUGAAGAUGCUGAAGUCGGAUGCAACAGAGAAAGACCUGUCAGACCUAAUCUCAGAAAUGGAGAUGAUGAAGAUGAUCGGGAAGCACAAGAACAUCAUCAACCUCCUGGGGGCCUGCACGCAAGAUGGUCCUUUGUACGUCAUCGUGGAGUACGCUUCCAAGGGCAACCUCCGUGAGUACCUGCAGGCCCGGCGGCCUCCUGGGCUGGAAUACUGCUACAACCCCAGCCACAACCCAGAGGAGCAGCUCUCCUCCAAGGACCUGGUGUCUUGUGCCUACCAGGUGGCCCGAGGCAUGGAAUAUCUCGCCUCCAAGAAGUGCAUACACCGAGACCUGGCCGCCAGGAAUGUCUUGGUGACAGAGGACAACGUGAUGAAGAUCGCAGACUUUGGCCUAGCUCGGGACAUCCACCACAUCGACUACUAUAAAAAGACGACCAAUGGCAGGCUGCCUGUGAAGUGGAUGGCACCCGAGGCAUUGUUUGACCGGAUCUACACCCACCAGAGUGAUGUGUGGUCUUUUGGGGUGCUCCUGUGGGAAAUCUUCACUCUGGGCGGCUCCCCAUAUCCUGGUGUGCCUGUGGAGGAGCUCUUCAAGCUGUUGAAGGAGGGGCACCGAAUGGACAAACCCAGUAACUGCACCAAUGAGUUGUAUAUGAUGAUGCGGGAUUGUUGGCAUGCGGUGCCCUCUCAGAGACCUACCUUCAAGCAGCUGGUGGAAGACCUGGACCGCAUUGUGGCCUUGACCUCCAACCAGGAGUAUCUGGACCUGUCAAUGCCCCUGGACCAAUACUCCCCCAGCUUUCCCGACACCCGGAGCUCCACCUGUUCCUCGGGGGAGGAUUCUGUCUUCUCUCACGAGCCGUUGCCUGAGGAGCCCUGUCUGCCCCGACACCCUGCCCAGCUUGCCAAUGGUGGACUCAAACGACGCUGACGACCACCCUGCCACUUCCCUCCCCAGGCUCCAUCAUCAGCUGUUCACUUUCACCCUCAGCUCCCUGCAGGACUCACUGCCUUCCCCUUUCCCCUAUCCUGCCGGCAGGAGUUAGCGGCCUACUCCAGGCCUUCCCGAGUGGCCUGCCGUUCUCCACCAAGCUCACCUCUCUCCCUCCUCUUCACAGAGAGGCAGGUACUUGCUUGCCGAUGGCCACUUCAUUCAAACCCUCCCUUGGACCAAGACCCCUCCCUGCCAUUGGCACUGCCUGGAAGGUUGGGGAGUGGGAGCCGAGCGGGCGUGCAAGUGAGAGCUCGCUGAGCUUCCUUGUCUUGGUUUUGCCCCUUGCAUUCAGGCGGCAGGUGCCUUGUCCUCAGGGCUACAGCAGGAGGGAGAGGUCAGGCCUCCAUCAAAGGCGACCUCUGCUCCAGAGAGAUGGUGCCAGUGGCUUAUUAAAUUCCGGUGCCAAUUUGCUUUGCUGACCAAAUACCAGGUACCAGAGGCUGGUGAGGCAAAGGCUGGGAGCAGUGUCGUGGCCCUGGGGCCCAGCCCCAUUCGGGGGGCUUUGUACAUAGCUAUGAAGAAAACACAAAGUGUAUAAAUCUGAGUAUAUAUUUACAUGUCUUUUUAAAAGGGUUGUUGCCAGAGAUUUACCCAUUGGGUAAGAUGCUCCUGGUGGUUGGGAGGCAUCAGUUGCUAUAUAUUAAAAAAACAAUGAAAAAAGAAAAAAGAAAAAAAAAAGGAAAAUGUUUUUAAAAAGGUCAUAUAUUUUUUGCUACUUUUGCUGUUUUAUUUUUUUAAAUUAUGUUCUAAACCUAUUUUCAGUUUAGGUCCCUCAAUAAAAAUUGCUGCUGCUUUCAUUUUUAUAUGGACUGUGUGAAAAGGGAGAGGAUGUCAACUCAGACAGUGAGACUGGUGGGCCCUGGGUGCUGCACCUUCCCCGCAGUGUCCUUUUAACCUCUUGCUCUAGGGUCCUAGGUGAGACCUCCUGGGGACAGACCUCCUACCUCUGUGACCCCUUUCGGAAAAGGCAUGAUAUGCCGGAGCGCCUGUCAGAGGGCCAGAGGGGCUGGGCAGCAAGCCAAGGCCGGAGCAGCUCUCUACACAAAUUGUUUCCUCAUAGGAAGCUGUUGGGGUGGGUGGGGUGCUGGAGGGUUAGAGGAGCUGGGAGCCACGUUGGAAUAGCCAAGGAAGGGGUAGAGCUAAGAUGACUGAGGGGGAAGCCAAAGAUUGUUAACAAGGGUCUGCAAAAACUCAGACCCAGAUAAGCAUCUACCCCUCUGUGUGGGUGUGAUUUUUGUCUGUGCUUCUCUAUGAGGGCAGGAAAAAAAACUUUGGUCACCUAAGGCUAGUUCUACAUGUCAGGUCCCUUGCUUUAUUUUUCCUGACCUACUGUGUUCAUUAGUCUCCCCUAGAUUAUUCUUCCUGCAUCUCUCUGUCUGACCAGACAACAUUUGUUAGGACUAUCACAUAGAUCUUGGCUUCCUAAAGUUCUUCCUGUGCAAACUCCACCCCAUUCCUCAGGAAAGGGAAAAAAAUUCUCUGAAUUUUUUGUAUCUUGGCUGCUUGGAGAUUAACUUCUGCCACCUGCUGGUUAUCUUUAUACUCACUAAGUGGAUUCUGGCUCUGAAGUGUACCCCAUUGCUCAACUUACUACCACUCCGCCUCUACACUUAAAGCCUGCUUUUUGCAACUACUGCUGGAUUACUUCUGAAUACUUUUUACAAAGGAACGUUCAAUAAGCUUUCACUUAUGUAGGGAAAAAUGGGGUGGCUGCUUUAAGUUUCCUUUCUGAGCGAGGUAUUUUGGGCAGCUGCAGUGUUGGUUGCUAUUGUAAAAUUCUCAUAUCCUUGUUUCCCUCUGUAAAUAUGCAACUGUCAAGUUAUUAAAAUCUGUGUUUAUGUUUAAAGAAGGUUUAAUUUGGUGAGCAGAGCCAGGAAAUGAAUUUUAGCUCUUAAAUCCAUUUGCUUUGGGACCUUAUAGUGGUGUCUUUCCUUGUAAAAUAUUGGUGAUAAUUUCUGCUUUGCUCCUACCUUGAAGCAGUGUUGUGUAAAUAAAUGGAGAGGCUAUAAAGGGCUUUAUAUUCCCUAGGGAGAGGUGCUGGAGAAAUAUAAGGCGCUAGCGUAACAGUGAUGUCCUUGCCAUUACUACUCAAAUCACCCACGAAUUUCCCCAGACACUGAGCUGACUGUCAAAUAAAAGAUAGUGAGAUUGACCUGAAAGAAAAUGAAAUGGCCAUUUUACUUAGAGGGCCAAAUUGGGUCUCUUGAGGAAAGGAAUCCAGUUUAUCUAAUGAAGAUGUCGUGCUGUCAAGGCACUGAACUGUCUGGUUUCCUGAGGGUUAAAAGAUUAGGGCCUGGGAUCACUACAGCAUUAAUCAAUACUGUCCGUCUCUCCUAAUUGCCAGAGGCUGGGGGUCAGCAGUCCUUUGGUGUGCUAAUGUAAUGUAUUGAUCUCAGGUAAGUAAGAUUGAACAUCAGAUGAAGCAAGAAAUCUAUUUUGUCAAUGAUAAUGAAGUCGUGGUUGUUUAUCAGCGACCACUGGGUGGAGCCAGCAGGCUACAAUCUCAGUCACAAGAGGUAACCUGCCAGUUUGCUUUAAAAUUAAUCUGAGUUUGGUGCUAAGUGAGAAACCUUCAGCCUUAGGUUUUAGCAGCAUUAGACAUCACCAAUAAUGAAUGGCUACCGUUGUAAUGACUGAAGUACAGAAUUAGACACGGCCCAAGUGCAGGUUCUUAAGUGUAAAGGGCCACCUACACUUCUUGGUUCUAGCAGAAUUCUCUUCUAUAUAUAAGACACAAGCCAAAUCGAACAUCACCACUGAGGCUGGGUUUUAGACAGUGCCUAAAAAGUAUAACCAGUGAGAUUAUUAGCAGGUGGUAAAGCUAAGAUUCUAUAUCUGUAGGAAAGAGUGGAGAACAAGGAAAGGAAAAGCUGUGAAGCAACUUGGCAUAACAUUCCAUUUCCCUUGGCUGAUAAGAGCCAGGCAGAGGGCAGACCAGCAAGAACCCAACUGCAAAAACGAUUUGGUCUGGGCAAGUUCUUUCUAGGUUGGCACGUGACAGUAUUAGGACACCUUACACUGUAAUGCCUCCUAGAUGCAUGUCUUGGCACACAAAAGUGAUACAUUUAACAAAAAUGCAGCCAUCUAGAGUUUUAAUUGUCUUGUUACUCCGGGAGGGCUGCAUCAACUGGGUGCAUGUCUUCCCAAGUCGGGGUGAGCUCUUGCUGGUUCCCUCAGAGUUGGUUGUUAAUCACUCACCAGAACAUUGUUAGACCAGCAUGGCUAGAGCUAACAAUAUGGAGCCCAAUAGUCAAGUACUCUAAGUAAAGAAAACAAGAAAACAUCUUUGACUUCUCUGAGCUACUAUCUGUGUCAAGUGUCUGAUAUGCCUAGAUGCAAGAAAAAAUGGUGAUGGCCAGCUUGGCCCAGAGUGACCAGGAACCACUUGACCUGACUAUCCCCACUGUGCUUGUAGGGAAAGUCAGGAAGAAUCAUGGAGCAGCCCAGCGUACAUAUGAAUCAUCCCACUGAAACAGGCGUGAGCAAGUCAACCAGCUAAUCCCUUUCCCACAUUCAACUCUCGAAAUGUGGGCUAAUUAAAAUAAACACCCUAUCACUGUAGGAAUGGGAACAUUUAUUGUGAAUCACCUUGCUAGGAUUGUGGCAAGACUCCAUGGAAGGCCGCAUUUGCACAGUAGGGCUCCAUCAUUCCCGAAGGACUGGAGUUCACCAGCAGGACAUGGCAGGGCUUGUCCUCCGAUGGAGAAGAGGUUCGGGAAGCAUUUUUAAAUGCUUCAUGUUCUUGCUGUGAAGGGCUGGGAACAUUCCUCGUGUGACAUCCCCGACAAGACAGAUCCGAAUUUUACUUGGUUUCACUGCCUCCCAUCUAACUGCUUUCAAAUCUGAUUUUAUCACCCACAAGAAUACUUUUUCCCUUCUAACCUCUCCCCAAGAGAAGAAAGCUGUGAGUUAGUUGAUGGCAAUUUUAAGUUUUUUUCAGUAUCCACAAUACUGAAGAUGAACAUAAAUAUCUGAACAUAAUACUUAUUACUGAGUAACACAGGGAUUAUAUCAGACUUUAACAACCCUUAUGACUAACAAAAUAGUCUAUUUGUAAAAGACAAACAGACCAGAAAAACACGCAGCACAACAAAUGGUUAAGCCUUCAACCCUUAAUUAGGUUUCCUAGCAAAAUGGUGGCUAAUGAAAGCCAUAUGUGCUAGAAUAUAGUGGCAGCCUCCCAGCUUCCCACAGCCCCUGCAGGCCCAAGGGAUGGGGGUGGGGGGCUGGGGUCUCGAAACAGCUGAGCAACAGCCAAACCUUUCGACUGCUAUUUAACUCCUUAUGUUCUUUUCCAAAAAGCUUUCCUUUUAUACCUAGAAAGAUUUUAUUUGAGAGUGUAUCCAUCUCACCUCAUCAGGGACUUGGUUUCCAGGGCACAGUUGUUCCUUCUGAUGGGUCAUUCUGAAAAAGUCGGGCAGGUGUUCUUACAAUGGUUUUUGGUGUUUCCAAGUUCUUGCUCGGGAUUCCAAGCCUUAGGAGGCAGAGGUAUCAAAGGCACCAAGCUGAUUCCGUUAUGCAAAAAAUGUCUUCCCUUUAAAGGACAUGUGCACAAAUAGGAGGCUGUUCAAAACAACAUGGGAGUAAGAGGGGGCUUUUCGUGUUCAGAAUCUAGAGUUUAGUGGGAUGGCAUGAUGGUAUGGAGGAAAUGGACUUUGAGUUGUAUUUCUUUAAAUGGUCUGUGCUUGUUCUCACUGCUGAUGUCAUCUGGAGGCUUGCUCCAUGGACUGACUGGCUGGGCCUCUAUCUCAAACCAGAUUCAGACAGUCUUAGUGGGGAGGGCCUUUACGGAUGCCACGGCAAAGGGCAGGAAGCUGGAGAGAGCUGUGUCAUCCUCACCCGGUCCUUAGGCUCCUUUUGAACUAGCCUUGCUGUUCUGGGAUGUCUUUUGCGAUUUGGCCUGGAGUGUCUAGGUACAAAACAGGACUUUUAGGCACUGGUCGCAAUGAGAGGUUAAGUCCCUUUUUUGUUGUGUCCUUGACCAAAAUAAUGAUCAACCACAAAGUCAAAACUGAGUUUUAUAAUUUGCCUUGGUAAUAAAAACGAAGAAGGCAGGCAAACAA